CUGUCCCUUGCCACGCCUCUCGUCGCUCACCCAUCUCUCUCUCUACUCUGUCUGCCCCUGCUGUCUCCAAGAUGAAGAGCUUGCUGGGCGAGGAGCGCAGCUUCAUCAUCGAGAGCGACGACGACGAGGAGGAUCCCACCCACAAUGACGCCGGCGCCGGCGACGAUGGGUCCUCCUCGGACUCCUCCUCCUGCGCCACCCCGCGCGCCGGGGGCGGGGACGGCAGCCACCCCAACUCCUACACCAACCAAUGGCCACAGAGCUACAGGCAAUCCAUCGACAUUCUCAGCAGCGUGCAAUCGCCCAGCCUGAGUUUCCUGGGGACGCCAACCCUAAGCAGAAUCUCCAAUUCCUUCCUCCACUCCUCUUUUCGAGGCAAAACCCCUGAGGUCAUCUCUAACUUCGUCAAGCCGCUCCUACGCCCGACAACAAGUGAUGAACAACAACAACAGCAGCAGCAAGAAGAUAUCCGCAAGAGUUCGCAGUACCUUCUGCCGUCGAAGAAACCGUCCCUGCAGCAGAUUCCAGAGGAUCAGAAGGCGCCGGUGAUUGGUCAUGGGCCUUCUCCCUAUCAGCAAUGCUCUUACACCCAGGGAGCGAUGAAUGGAAUAAAUGUUCUAUGCGGUGUUGGAAUCCUAUCGACACCGUACGCUAUUAAGGAAGGGGGCUGGCUCGGGUUGGUGAUACUAGGUGUAUUUGCGGUGCUCGCAUGGUACACUGGUGUACUCCUGCGCCGUUGCCUGGAUAGCACGGAUGGCCUUCAGACAUACCCGGAUAUUGGUCAUGCUGCUUUUGGCACCACCGGUCGUAUAGCCAUCUCGAUAAUCCUGUAUGUGGAACUGUAUGCCUGUUGCAUCGAGUAUUUGAUAUUGGAAAGCGACAAUUUAUCGAAGUUAUUUCCCAAUGUACACAUAUCCAUUGGGAGCUUGACGCUGAACUCACAUGUAUUCUUUGCGAUCUUGACCACCCUUGUUGUCAUGCCGACCACUUGGCUCCGUGACCUUACCUGUCUGAGCUACAUUUCAGCUGGAGGUGUUGUUGCAACAGUCCUUUUAGUUAUCUGUCUAUUCUGGGUUGGGGUAGUUGAUAACGUCGGCUUUGAGAACAAGGGGUCAACGUUAAAUGUUCCAGGAAUCCCUAUUGCAAUCGGAUUGUAUGGUUAUUGCUACUCAGGGCAUGGGGUGUUCCCAAACAUAUAUUCUUCUCUGAAGAAUCGCAACCAGUUUCCUUCCAUCAUGUUCACUUGCAUUGCAUUUUCUACCAUUUUGUUUACUUCCGCUGCGGUGAUGGGGUACAAAAUGUUUGGUGAAUCCACGGAGUCCCAGUUCACACUUAACUUACCCCAGAAUCUGGUGGUUUCCAAGAUUGCCAUUUGGGCUACGGUGGCAAAUCCAAUUACCAAAUAUGCGUUAACGAUAACCCCACUGGCUAUGAGUUUGGAAGAGUUGCUGCCACGAAGCCAGCAGAAGUACUCAAACGUAAUCUUGCUUAGAUCAGCCCUGGUGAUCUCAACCCUGGCCGUUGCUCUGUUGGUUCCCUUCUUCGCACUGGUGAUGGCUCUGAUAGGUUCUUUAUUCGCCAUGCUUGUGACCUACAUCCUACCAUGUGCCUGCUUUUUGGCCAUUCUUAAGGCAAAAGCGACUUGGCAUCAGGUUGUGGCCUGCUCAUUCAUCAUCGUUGUAGGUGUUACCUGCGCUUGCGUGGGGACAUACUCAUCCGUAUCCGGGAUUAUCCAAAAUUACAUCUGACUCCUCAGUAUUCCUCCCCUACACACAUGAUAGAGAAGAUUUGCUCGCUCAACUACAUUACUAUACAUGUAAUUAAGCAUAUCUGAGCAGAGCAUAUAAAUUUUGCCCAGCAGUAAAGUCAAACCCAUCGAUAUAUGAUGUAGAAUUAAACUUGUAUUUUAUUUAUUUUGUGGCUACUCCAUGCAUGUAUGACAAGGUUAUGUGUUGAUGGAUUUUUGAUCAAAUUCUUGGUUUUGCGGCUAUUUUCUCAUUUGAUUGAGAAAACCGUAAAUA